ACGUGCACCGUGAGUUGGUCUGAAAACGCGACGAGCUGGGCUUCGAGCCUCGGUGCUAUGUGUUUCGUCUUUCGUGCGUUGGUGCUACAUGCUUCGUGAUCUGACCUAAGUGCUACGUGAGUUGGUGUGCUACCGGUGCUACGUGCUUCGUGCUUGCUACGUGGUUCGUUCUCUCUCUCUCUCUCUCUCUCUCUCUGUGUGUGUGUGUGUGUGUGUGUGUCUCUCUCUGUCUCUCUGUGCUACCGGUGCUACGUGAUUCGUUCUUUGGUAAUACGUGCCGUGCUCGCCACUGCUUGCUAGGUGGUUCGUUCUUUGGUGCUACGUGCGUGCUUGCUACUUGGAUCAUUCUUUGGUGCUAAGUGCUCCAUGCUUGCUACGCGGCUCGUUCUUCUCCAUGUCUCUCUCUCUGCGCCACCGGUGCUACGUGAUUCAUGAGCUUGGUGCUACGUGAAUCGUCCUGCGUGCUACGUGACCUUCGUGCUUGUGCUACGUGGUGCUCUGACCUACGUGCCUCAUUGCACGUGCGAAGUGCUACGUCCUACGUGCAUCGUUGCUGUCAGCGUAAAUCUGAGCUUGGUGCCACUUGAUUCGUGAGGUUGGUGCUACCUGAUUCGUGAGGUUGGUGCUACGUGCUCCCUGAGGUUGGUGCUACGUGAAUUGUCCUGCGUGCUACGUGAACUUCUACGUGGCUUACCUCAACGUGUGCUUGAGGCAUUGUCUACUUUUGUGGAACUUGGAGGGCUGGGCUAAAUCAUGGUCGAAGGCUUGCGCAUUGUUGGUUGAUCGUCGUAGACUGGAGGCUUUGGCUGACUCAAGGUGCCGCAUUCAUGGGACCAAGCCGGAUGAUCAGUCUGUGCAGGUCACGGGCAAGUGGGCUGACGAGAUUGACUGCCCGUAUUUCCAAUGGUGGCGAAGCAGUUGCAAACCAAUCAUUCAAUGAGGGGAGUUGCUUUGGCAAUGUGUCAGCCCCUUCGGAGAGAGACCUUGUCAAUCAAGGUCAAUCUGUUUCUUCAGGCAUACAUCCUCUUCUGGCUCGCCGGUAUUUUGCGCGCCUGAUACGGCCCGUUCCUGCUAAUCCACAGUGGAAUGCGCUGCCGGCUUCUCCCAGUCAUGCUGGCCACCGGGAAUACUGUUCAUUUUUGCACAGAGGAAAGCCUUCGGAUGUCAAUCCCAAUUCUAUCCAGAGGCAGUUUUGUAACGAUAGGAGGAUGGGUCUGAGCUCGGUGACGCCAUCUUGUUGGUGUUCGUCGGCAAAGAAAUCCGACAUGUGGGACUUUGUGCAAUUGAGGGCAUAUGCUAAAAAAGCGAAGACGAAGAAAGCAAGAGGGAAAGGAGGAGGUAAGCAUGACAGGGUUGACAGUGACAGCGAAGGCGACGACGAGGACGAGGACGAGGACAAACAUGGGCAGCAGCUUGGGAGAAGGAGUGGAAGCAAAGCAGAUGGAGUGGUUCAUGGGCAUCAGGCAGAGGGAAGGCCGGUCAAGACAGUCAGGUGUCAGAUGGUUGAGGUGAUCGAUGCAUUCACGGAGGAGCUUGCACAGCUGCGAACGGGACGGGCGAGUCCCAGUUUGCUAAGUCAUAUCAAUGUCCGGUAUGGUGGCGAUGGGACAUUCCCCCUCAACACCAUUGCUGCUGUAACUGUGCGCGAUCCACAAACACUUGGCGUCCUCGUGUACGAUCGAAAUAUGAUUGAUGCUGUGGAGAAGGCCAUCAUGGAUUCACCUUCGGGGCUGUUUCCAAAAAGAACUGAAGAUGGUUGUCUGGUCCCAUUGCCUCGCAUGACCGAGGAGGUGCGUGAGGUCGUUGCCAAAGAAGCUGCUAGAGCUUCAGAGAAUGCAAAAGUUCGGUUGCGGAGGGUGAGGAAAGAUGGCCUUGCCAUGUUGAAGAAAGACUCUGAGGGCAUGUCCGAAGAUGACACGAAACGACAGGAGAAGGAGAUAGAGGAAGUCACCAAAGAUUUUGUGAAUCACGUGGCUACACUUUCAAGAGCAAAGGAGAAGGAGAUUCUGCAUGGCUAAUCCUGCAUUGCAUCGCGCCACCACAUUAUUUUAUCCAUGAGGCUUUCUUAUAUUCCCCGAGUGCAGCACGUAUAUGACGGGCGUUCGCACUCUGUUUCUGCCAUCAAGUGGCAUCAACAUUUCUUUGCUGAUAUUUCUGCAGCCCCAAGUAGAGUUGGAUAGUACAAGUUGACUACUCUGGAGAACAUCUGCUCGGACGCUGGGUUUCUUGUAGCGUUCAGUGACCUGAGGAAUUAUGUGAGAUUUGCUUAUGAGCACAUGCU